AUGACACACCAAACUCACGCUUACCAUAUAGUCAACCCAAGCCCCUGACCACUCACCGGAGCCCUAUCUGCCCUUCUUAUGACAUCAGGCCUAGCCAUAUGAUUUCAUUUUAACUCCCCCUCACUUCUAUUAAUCGGCUUAGUAACCAACACUCUCACCAUAUACCAAUGAUGACGAGACAUUGUACGAGAAGGUACAUUCCAAGGCCACCAUACUCCUAUUGUACAAAAAGGUCUACGAUAUGGCAUAAUUCUCUUUAUCAUCUCAGAAGUAUUCUUUUUCGCGGGCUUCUUCUGAGCCUUCUACCACUCAAGCCUAGCUCCUACCCCAGAACUAGGAGGAUGCUGACCUCCAACAGGCAUCAACCCCCUUAAUCCCCUUGAAGUGCCGCUACUAAACACUUCAGUCCUCCUGGCUUCAGGAGUCUCAAUCACCUGGGCCCACCACAGUUUAAUAGAAGGCAAUCGCAAAAACAUACAGCAAGCUCUAGCCAUUACCAUUCUCCUAGGUAUCUAUUUUACCCUACUUCAAGCAUCGGAGUAUUACGAAACAUCUUUUACUAUUUCAGAUGGAGUCUACGGAUCAACAUUCUUCAUAGCCACAGGAUUUCACGGUCUUCACGUCAUCAUUGGGUCCACUUUUCUUACGGUCUGCCUUCUACGACAAUUUAACUUUCACUUUACAUCGAACCACCACUUUGGUUUUGAAGCAGCCGCAUGAUACUGACACUUUGUAGAUGUAGUCUGACUAUUCCUAUAUGUAUCAAUCUAUUGAUGAGGGUCAU